CAUCCUAAGUCUUAAACUUACUCCAACAUUUCGGAAUUGCCCCACAGUCUUUCCCUACCUAAACUACAAGUAUUACCUACUUUAACCUACACGACCUAUACGAUCUACAAGACCCUCUUCUCUCCUCUCCCCUUUCACCUCACCUUACAUCACCUCCUCGAACACUACCUCUCCCCCUAGAAUACUUCAGACAAUUGCUUCAACCAUGAGCGACAAAGAAGGCGCCGCUGUACCACCCCAAGCAAGGGGCUCGUGGUCGAGUUUCUUAAAGUCAAUCGCAUCGUUCAAUGGCGACCUCUCUUCCAUGACCGCACCGCCUUUCAUCCUAUCCACCAAGUCUCUGGUCGAGUUCUCUUCCUACUGGGCUGAGCAUCCCUCCGUCUUCAUUGCUCCUGCUGCUGAAAAGGACCCCGCGAAGCGCGCUGCGUUGGUGCUGAAGUGGUUCCUGAGCACGCUCAAACAACAAUACGCUAGCCGCAGUGAGAAGCUUGGAACGGAGAAGAAACCCCUGAAUCCGUUCCUGGGAGAACUUUUCUUGGGUAAAUGGGAGGAUGAGGCGGGAACUACACAGCUCGUAAGUGAGCAAGUCAGCCACCACCCACCCGUCACCGCAUACUGCAUUUGGAAUAGCAAGGCAGGCGUACGCCUUCAGGGGUACAAUGCUCAGAAGGCAUCGUUCUCGCGCACGAUUAACGUCAAGCAAAUCGGCCAUGCAAUCCUCCAUAUCGAUGAAUACGACGAGGACUACCUGAUCACCCUUCCUUCCCUCCACAUCGAAGGCCUCAUCACUGGCUCACCGUACGUCGAAUUAAACCGCUACUCCAUGAUCCAAUCCUCUUCAGGAUACACCGCCAAGAUCGAAUACAGCGGGAAGGGAUGGCUAUCAGGAAAGAAGAAUACGUUCACUGCGUCAUUGUAUGCUGAAGGAAAGGAGAAGGACAUUCUGUACACGGCAGAUGGCCAGUGGACAGAUGAAUUCGAGAUCAAAGACACCAAAACCAAGAAAGUAGUUGAGCGGUACAGCCCUAAGGCCACUCCAGUCACGCCCUUGAUCGUAGCUGAGAUUGAAGACCAAGACGAGAUGGAGUCUCGCCGGGCUUGGAAGAAGGUGGCCGAUGCUAUCAACGGCGGCGAUACGGAUCUUGCGGGCCAGGAGAAGUCGAUCAUCGAGAACAGCCAGCGAGAGCUGAGAAAGAAGGAGAAGGAGGAGAACCGUGAAUGGGAGCGAAGGUUCUUUUCGAGGACUGAUAAGGCUCCAUUACUCGAGAAUCUUGCCGGCAAGAUUGGUGAGCAGAUCAACGACAGUCUUACCAACGGCAUCUGGAUAUUCGAUGCAGAGAAGGCCAGCCAGGCCAAACCGCCAUUCCACUACAACAUCACUCCACGAGACGGCGAGUUGAAGUAGACCAGGCGACUUUUUCCCUUUAUUUUGGAUGCUUGGACCAGUGGUCCAUUAAUUAUUUCAUUGUAAUAGUAAACGAUGCGUAAUACCCUAUCAAGCUUCUGGUGGUCUCCUCCCGGGACGGAUGCUAAGGGAUCUUGACGUUGGAAGACGGUCAACGAGACCUAGGACACAGUACACGGCCCGAUAAUUACUUGAAUGCUAUGCUUGAUGCAAAU